UCUUCUUACUACUACUAGUCUACUACUAGUUGUGAUCGCUGAAUUCCGCCGAAUUCAGCAGCGAAAAUAGCACGGAAAUGGAUUGUAAAAGCCUUUGCAUCGUGAUCUUAAUCAUUUUACCAUUUUGUAUACACUGCCAGGAUGGAACAAGUCUGGGAACAGGUGGUCAGGAUCCUGCAACACCAGCGCAAACCAUGGCAGCAGUAGUGCAGGAAAAUGUCACAAAGACUACCACCACACCUAAACCUGACACUAAUCGUACAUCAAGCCCAGCCACUCAGGCACCAGGAUCAGCUAAUGCAUCUACAUCAACUUCAGGACCCACAAAAAAUGAAACUUCACCAGUCACAACAUUGGCCAAUGGGGAGCCUGAUGAGGAGCUCCCUACAGAAGAUACAGUAACCGAUGAUCCCACAGCUACGGUCGGUCUUGAUGAUGAUUCAAUCACCACUACUGCACAACCAACCAAGCCCUCAGUACCAGCAUACUAUGAGCUCUGUCCUUCUGGUUUACCUUGUGAGAUGCUAGGAGCACAGUGCCUCAACUGCAGUAUGGAUACCUCUUGUGUGUACGGGAGGGAGUAUAACACAACAUGUUACCCUAACCAAGGACUAGACUGUGUGGGUUCUUUACCUGUGGAAAGGUCAUACCAGUGUAGAUACUGCUAUCAGACUGAGACCUGGCAGCAGUCGUGUACACCUGCCAAUAAUUGUCAUGUUUAUGCUUGCCCGAAGCAAUACAUUAAAGUCAACUGUACAGUGGAUGAGGAUGUAUUCUGUUUGGGUUCCAGAAAUUUUCAUCGAAGAAAACCCUGCAACUGGACUUCUGGAUCAAAGUGGUCUACAGCUCUCAUAUUAAGUAUCACACUUGGAGGCUUCGGAGCAGACAGGUUUUACCUGGGCUACUGGCAGUCAGGUCUGGGUAAGCUAUUCAGCUUUGGAGGGGCUGGGGUCUGGACACUGAUCGAUGUCUUACUCAUUGCAGUUGGCUACAUCACACCCUCUGAUGGAUCUCACUACAUCUAUUGACCAAUCAAAUUGACUGUUAUGAAAUACAACUGGGCUACUGGCAAUCGGGUCUGGGUAAGCUAUUCAGCUUUGGUGGGGCAGGGGUCUGGACGCUGAUCGAUGUCUUACUCAUCGCGGUUGGCUACAUCACACCUUCGGAUGGAUCUCACUA